AUGGAAAGAUUGCAAAGAUUGUUGGGACAAGGCGGUGGACUUGGUGGUGCUGCGCCACCUCAAACCGAUGGGCCUGCAAUUGACAAUUCGGAAACGGUUUAUGUAUCUUCACUUGCAUUACUUAAGAUGUUGAAGCACGGAAGAGCUGGUGUACCGAUGGAAGUCAUGGGAUUGAUGUUGGGAGAGUUUGUAGAUGACUUUACGAUACAUGUGCAUGAUGUAUUUGCUAUGCCACAGUCUGGUACUGGUGUUUCAGUUGAAGCAGUCGAUGACGUUUUUCAAACUAAGAUGAUGGAUAUGCUCAGACAAACAGGAAGAGAUCAGAUGGUUGUCGGAUGGUACCACUCGCAUCCUGGUUUUGGGUGCUGGUUGUCGUCUGUCGAUGUAAACACCCAACAGUCAUUUGAGCAGUUGAAUAAGAGGGCUGUUGCUGUUGUCAUUGACCCAAUCCAAUCGGUCAAGGGGAAAGUUGUUAUAGAUGCCUUCCGUACGAUAGACACAACAAUUUUGAUGAUGGGUCAAGAGCCCCGUCAGUCCACGUCUAAUGUUGGUCACUUGAACAAGCCAUCCAUUCAAGCAUUGAUCCAUGGAUUGAACCGUCAUUAUUACUCCUUGAACAUCGAUUACCACAAGACAUCAAACGAAACAAACAUGCUAUUAAAUUUACACAAGAAGAACUGGCAGUCAGGUUUGGAGUUGACCAAUUAUACUCAUGAAGAAGUUGAGAACUUGGAGAAUACUCAGAAAAUGGUGAAUAUAGCGAAAUUGUAUAAUCAAAGAGUUGUAGAAGAGAAGGAGUUGUCAGAAGAGCAAUUGAAGACGAGGUAUGUUGGUAAACAGGAUCCAAAGAAGCAUUUAUCGGAUACUGCUGAAAUGUUGAUUGACAAAAAUAUAAAGACGCUUCUAACUGGUGGUGUGGAUUCUCUAGCUAUAAGAUGA